GACUUCCUUCAGUACAUAUUCGUCGCCAUGCAGUACCAAGUGUUCAAGCUGGAACAGCGACCCGAUUGGGAGUCCUAUGGCGGUGGAAGCAACAACCCCAUCCUAAGCAACCCACUACCACGACCGGAGGAUCGUGACUUUAUCAGCACUAAGGAGUCCUACCUGGACUACCUCCGUCACGGUAUCUUCUACUGGUCGUACUGGCUCAGUCUGGCAAUUGUUUUGGCCACAGGUGUCAGUUGGAUUACACUCUUCUGUCUAGGCUACAUGAUCCUCAGUUUCAUCUACCUUUGGAUGGGGCAGAAUGUCAUGAUGCGGAAACGCGCCAACCUGGUUGCCUCUUGGAAUGUGAUUAUCGGCUACACAUUCUGCGUGAUUCUGGCCAAGUGCGCCCUGCAAUUGAUGGGCUGCGUCUACGCCGAUCGAUUUGUUGGCGCGCGAAGCUGUUGGCUCAUGCAGCUCUUUGGCGUCACGUGCAUGAACCCCGUUGGCUGGAACGACUAUGUGGCCAUCAGUAAGUCUCCUUGA